AUGGUAUCCCUGGCUCCUGAUAACUGGCGAAGUUCAUCAUCGUCUUCAUCAUCAUCUUGUACUCUGCCCGAGUUGAAGCAUGGCCGGGUCGUAGUGAGAGGGUAUCGUGGGAAACUCAUCAAGUUCAUAUGUGAGAAACGCUAUGAGCUAGCCGGGAACAAGUACGCCACCUGCCGGGAUAAGAAAUGGGAUGUACCUAUACCCGUCUGUAUACGACCGGGAUGUACUCUUCCGAAUUUUGAGAAUGGUAUCCCGAUCCCCACGAGUAACGGAGCCUGGGUGACACACUUCUGUCUGCCGGGGUACAAGCUGGUGGGGUCGUCCGUCAUUUACUGUGACGGAAGACAAUGGAACGCCACACCUCCCAUAUGUAUCGAUUCUACAGAAGAUAGUUCGCCAGCAUUAAGCUGUGACUUCGAGGAUCCAGACCUUUGUGGUUGGACCCAGGACGAGAUGCACGACUUUGAUUGGACCAGGUUAAAUAAAAAGACUCCUAGCUCUUUCCUCUUAACCGGACCUUCAUACGACCACACCCUCGGGAAAAACGGUUCGGGUUACUACAUGUACAUUGAGAGUACAUCACGUCUCAAGAAUGACACAGCCAGGUUCAUGUCACCGGUUUACAGCCAGAGGCUAUCUGACGACGGGUGCUUCUCAUUCUUUUAUCACAUGUUCGGCAACACGAUAGGUGGUCUACGUGUGUACCAGAAGCCUGACAGCCUUCCAAUGGCUGUGUUACUCAACUUGAGUGGUCCCCAAAGAGAUCAGCACAUAUUGUUUGAGAAGUGGGGCAACCAAGGGGACCAGUGGUACAACUCAGUAUCAGAUUUAAGGAAUCUGGGGGAAAAUUUCCAGAUCAUCAUAGAAGGUAUCCGUGGGACCAGCUUCACCAGUGACAUAGCCAUCGAUGACGUCGCUAUACUCCAAGGAGAAAACUGUACAGCCGCUAAGAACAGGGCCACUACACCUUCUACAGUAUACAUGCCGGAGUCAUGCCAGGGUCGAUGUAUGGAACCCUCGACCACUUUGUGUGGCUGCACCUACAUCUGUCUCACUGAAGAAGACUGCUGCCACGACUUCUUUGAACUCUGCGUCUUUAAGCAAGAUUUAACAACAACCACAGACGAUAUUGUGUUGGCGAACAGUUCGUAUGACAGACCACAGAAACAGAAACUGAUAGCAUCUCCCCCAGACACUACUUUAAGUACAACUACAUCGACUACUUCUACCACAACUACCACAACUACAAUGAAGACUAUCCUCACAACCACAACUACAACAACACCCAAACCUACAACUACUCCCAAACCUACAACUACUUCUACAUCUACAACAACUACUACUACUACGACUACCCGUAAACCUACAACUGUUGCUAAAACUACAACAACAUCAAAACCUACAACAACUAGAAAACCUCAGCCCACUACACAGAAAACCACAACAAAAGCACCCAAACCAACCAAACCGAAUAAACCCGUACCAACAACCAACAAACCUAAACCCACUACCAUCAAAACUACUACUACACCAUCAACAACUACUUCUACUACAACUUCUACAACUACAUCAAUCCCUACAUCUACUCUCCGAGUAACUCCUCUCCUAGAACAUGGAAUAUCCAGUACAAUAGAAAACCACAACCUAAAGGCUAAAAAGGAACAAGAAAUAGAAGUCAGAAGACUCCAUAGUAUGAACAAGGAACAAAGUCACUCAUCAGGCUGGAGGGUGGUCCUUAUAAUACUGGGUACUAUAAUAUGUGUCGGCGUCGUGUCGUGGACGGUAGUCGUGUCGCGCUCGGCCCGGGGUCGUCUCGUGAUCUCCAGGCUCAGAGGUCGCUGUAACCAAGACCCAGAAGUUAGAUAUCUCUCCACGGAUGUUGAUGAUGAUUAA